AUGUCGGGGAAAGCAUACACCAUGAAGGAGAUGAAGGCUAUAGUGGAUUAUUUAACCGAAAGAAGGGCCUAUGGGGAAAUAAGAGGUAGAAAGAUGUGGAUGGAAUUUGAGAAUUCAAAGUUUACAGACCGGACUUGGCAAAGUCUAAAGGAAACAUUUUUAAAAAGAAUCCUACCUGAUAUACAUAAUCCUUAUUAUCAGUUAUCCUUGACACAAAUUAGCAGUUUCAGGGCUGGAUACGAUGUAGAGUCGAAACUUGGAAACAAACUGGAAAUAAGAAAUGUGAAUGAAGAAUCAAACACUAAAGUUGAUAAGCCGCUAAAUACAGAAACACCUAGUACAAGCAAUAAAGAAGAAAAUAAAAAAGGUGAGGAAACAAUAAAUUCAAAGACCGUAGCUCAUCACAGAUCUUCAGCUGAAACGAUUGUCAUCGAUCCUUGUUAUGAAACUGCUGAAGAUAUUCAAAGAGACUUAGAAUCACCAAAACAGGAAAAAGAAAACGAGAAAGAAAAGGAUGAUAAAUCGCCUGCCAAAUCGUUGCGCGAUUUCAUUACUUAUUCGGAGCCAUUGACACCUAUGCUUCAAGAAGUGAUUGAGGAUUUUGCAACUGACGAAGAACGCGAAGGGUCGGAUACAGAAACACGAAUGGAGAUUGCUGAAGACGUGAACACUGAUAAAAAUCCAAAAAAUUCAAAUGGCCAUAUCUCUGAUGUACGUGUGGAAAUAAGCUCGGAGGCUGAUGACAUGAGUACCAAUGAAGAUAUGCAAAACGAACCUCAGGAAGUGGACAAAAAACAACCCGCUAAAGAAGUUUCAAAUAAAAACAUAAAAGAAUUAGAAGAAAGUGUAAAAAUAUCAAAUAGUAAAACUGAUAUAUCCGCUCAGGAAGUCAUAGAAAUUGAGGAUACUGAUAACUGUGAAAUUCAAAAUAAUAAAAAUGAAACAACUGGAAAACAUGUUCUGGAUAAUAAAGAAAACAAAAACUCGAAAGAAAUUGUUCCAAACAACAAUGACCCUGGAAACGUUGCAAAUAAUACUAGCGAGGACAAUGUGGAAAGAGUUAUUAAAAAUAAUGAAGAAAGAGCUAUAACAUCGCAAAUGACAUGCAGCCAGAAUGACUCCAGUACCACAGUUGAUACCUUACUUCCAAAUAAUCAAGAGGAGUUAAAUAUUGAAUCUGUGGCAACAGUAUCUGAUUCUGUAAAGAAAACUAUUAGCAAAGAGUCCCAACCAAAAAAAUUAACAUUAAAUAAAAAUUCUGACAAAUAUCCAAAAAAACGUGCCAAUUCUCAAGAACCAACAGUAUCAAAGAAGAAAAGACAAGUAAUAAAUGAGAGUUCUAAGAAAAUAUCGGUAUCUGACACUGAUGCUGCAAUAAAACAAAAUGCUAAGCUGAAAACAGAUAAGGCUAUGCUUGUUGCUAGUCACAAACAAAAAGUAAAUAUGUUGCAACGUUCUAGUAGGGAGAAUCAAAAAGUUUACUCUUUAAAAGAGGAUGUGAAAGACUUACAAAGAGUAACAGAAGAGAAAAUAGAUGAGAACUGUAAGGAAGAAACCAACAAAAGUAAAGAUCAAGAAAUACAUGUUGAUAACAGUAAAACUGAUGUCAUCAAUUCCAGUGUUGAAAACCCAUGUUUAAAGAGUGUUAGUCUAUAUGAUGAGCAAUUUACUUCAAUGAAAUAUUCUGAGUCCAGCGAUGCAGCUACCACCAACAAAAAUAUUCACCAAGAUUCAAAAGGCGAUAACAAGAACAGUUCCGAUGACGUAAUAGCGUUAAAAUCAAAUUCAGAAACCGAUAACAAUGAGAUUAGGAAAAAGAAGAAAGGCACACCUGUUGGCCAUGUUGUGCCUAAAUCAGAAAGGGAAAAGGCUUUAGCAAAUGUAUUUGGAUUUUCUAGCGGUGCCGUAGCAAGCAGUCGAAAAAGGCGUUUUAGUUAUCAGAACAGAUCUACGAGGCGACAAUCACACACUAAAAUCAGCUCCGAGUCAAGCGAAUGGACGUCUGAGACAGAUUCGGAAUUUAUUUCUCCACCGCGUGGGAGACGAAAUAGGCAUACCAAGAAAUAUUUAAAACCAAAGUCGGCAAGAAUUUUAUCUUUGGAAGAAGAGGGCGGUUUAUUUGUGAUGUAUGGAAAGAAAAUAUAUCCUGUGGUGAAGGAUGGAAAAAUAGUGAAAAAUUACGUCACGUAUUCACCGGAGCGUGAUUCGGAGGAUGAACAAGAAUCAUAUUGGAAGCUCAAGUAUAUAGAGGAAAAGAAACGUACAUCGAAAUUGACAAAAUUGCUAAGCCACACAACCGACGACGAUCCACAAUCCAACGAAAAGGGUGUUACAUCUGAUGCAACGAAGCCUAGUCCGCCUAAAAAGCCCAAACUGAUAACAGAUGAAAGUGAAUCAAAAGAAAAAAAAUCUGGACAAGAAGUAGUUUUGAAGGAACAUUCGGAUAUUCCACAUCCUGCCUCUCCCAUAGACAAGACAUUAAAAAUUAAAAUUGUGAGACAAAAUGAGGAGGUACAGUUAGAAGGUCACUGGUCACAAAUUCAUCCAGUCUUGGACCAUGUGGUGCAAAUAUUUCAUAAGGAGGUGGAGUCUAGAACCAGUGUUAGAUCUACUCCCCAACCAGAGCAACGUAAGAGCGUAUCCAGUGGGAUAUCCACGCCUCUUAUUGCUGUCCCUAUAGAUCCAGAGGUGCAUGAAAAAGUGAAUAAAUUGGAGACAGAAAUAUUUCAAGAAAUCGAAGCGCGUGACAAACAAGAAAAACAAAGCGAGGAAUUGCCAAAACCUGUACAAGAAUCUAAAGUAACUAAGAGGAGAGGAAGACCGAGAAAAAGCAUAUCACAAAGCAGGGCACAAAGUCCAGAAAAGAAACCAAAUGUACCAAUGCCAUCUCCGAAAUUGCAAAUUGAAGAAAAUGCUGAAAAAUUGCCACCUGCUAAAAUUGAAAAUGAAACGGGUGCUUCUUUAACAAGGAGGACAAGGACUCCUAAAAAAGUGCUUCAUGAGAGCACCGAAAGAAACGAUAAUAACGUUAUAAACACCAGAAACAAAAAGACCAAAGAAGUUUCCGUAGUAGAAGCAGUAGAAGAUGAAACCGAUGUCCGAUAUAAAUUCCCGUCUCCUCCGCCAUCAGAAAAGAAGACCUAUAGGAAAUCUGGUGCCAAUAAAACUCCAAAACAGCAAAAAUCUAUUAAUAGCUACACACGUGAAAAGGUUGGAAUAUUUUCGUCGCCAAUUAAUGAAUCGAUUAACUCUGUAGAAAGCAGUCAGGGUUACCAGGAUUCUGAUAUAAGCCCAUAUAAUAUAUGCCUUAGAAAAAAGAAAAAAGUUAGUAUCACUUCUCUAUACAAAAGAAAAAAUUAUCAAACGCGACAAAGUAUACGUAGGAGAACGCAGUUAAAACUUGAUGAAAUGUCUGACCAAUCCAGCAACUCAUGUCCAGAUUUUAGCUUUAAGUCGACGUCAUUACAAAAAUCCAGUUUAAACACAGAUGUGUAUAGAUCUGAAUCCUAUCAGUUGCUGAUGCCAACAGUGAGAAAUUCUUUUAAACAUUUAGCAAAAAUAGAUGAAAUAAACCUGGACGAUAAAAUAGAUUCUGGGACAGUAUUACAAGAACCCAACAUAGAAAUAGGUAUAGAUGAUCAAUUUAAUUCUAUGGGCAAUACUAAUAAGACUGAGUUAGGGCUUGGGGGUAAUACUGAUAUUGAAAAUUCUAGCAAUGUAUCAUUACCUCCAUCACCUGUUUUAUCUAUCGUAGAAAAUAUAUCAAUCAGCAAGAAUGCCUUGAGUAGUAUUGAAGAGCUAACUGAAAAUGAGAGCUCUAAUAGGUAUCAAAAGAAAGAAUAUAUUUGCAAAGACUAUAAUUUUACUGACAUAGAUGUUACGAUGCCUCUAAUGGAACAAGACUGUGGGCUACAAACAUAUAAACAUAGUCUCCCAGAACCUAAAUAUGAUUGCAAUGCGAAUAAGUCUCCAAGCAUGACUGAUUCUAUUAUAAACAAAAUUUGUACAGUGAACAUUGGAGAUAACUUUACUUUAUCAGAUACAAUCACCCAAAAAAUACGAAAUUUGAUUCUAGAGAGCGCUAAAAAAUUAACAAAGAAAUUUCAAGGGGUUGUGGUGGUUGAUAAUAAUGACAAUAAAAUGGAUGUAGAUGCUAAGGAAAUCAAAACAACUUAUAAAGGAAGAUCGAAAAAACGGUGUUCAACACCACGAAAACGUAAAGGCACGAAAAGAGUUACGUCAAAGAAACCUGAAUAUGAAACAUUUGUUGAGGAAGAACAUGUGGAAACGUGUUCUCAAGGGGGAAGAAAGUCUUGCCCACCGUUUAUUCCUAUGCCUAGUGCUAUUGAAUAUAUGAUUCGUGAUGAACACAUCACCACAGACACAAAAUUACCCAAUUCGAAGGGCAGAAAGAAAAAAGAUAAUAUUAUCAAAGUGAAAAUUCUCAGACCUAGAACGAAAUGUGAUGCGAGAAAAACAAAUAUAGAACAAACAACCCUAAAUAUGUGUGAUAAAUCCCAUACAGAUAGUGGAAUAAAUGACACUGAAUCAAGUAUUGUUUUCCAAGAUUAUAAUGACAUUGAUCUCAUUCAUAACCAUUCAGAAACUUGUCUGCAAGCCAAUGAGUGUGUGGGUGACAGUGUAGAAUUUAUAGAGAGCCGUACAAAGUCUGUGAUAUCUUUAGACAGUAACUCUGUGCAAUCAGUUGAAAUGGAAUUUGAUGAUAAAUUAAAUACUGAAUGUCCCCAAAACAUGCCAUGUGAACUGUUUAUAAACAACACUCGGAAUACGUGUAUAAGUAAAGCUAAUGAAAUAAUAAGUUCUAAAGAUUUGAGGAGCAAUGUGAGCACGACGUAUCACACACCACUGAAUAGUGAAGGAUCGCCUACUAGUCUUAUGACUGAAGAUUUAUCUGAUGACUUGCCGGUGGAAAGAUCACGGCCUUCUAAAUGGUAUCUUUUUUCCGAAGAUGAAACUACGAAUACAAAUUUUGCUCUUCAAAAGUUCUCGAAUAGCGACGUUAGUUAUGGAUCUAAUCUUAAUCAACUGUUUCCUAUCACAUGUGCUGUACCGGAUUUAUCCACGAUAUCUGAAAUGUCUAAAGAGAAUGACACAAAGCCAAUAGUAGAUUUAGAUUGA